AUGGAGCCUGUUCCAUCCGACUAUGCACAUAUCGAUGCUGCAGCUAGUCAUCUUGCACACAUCUUAUGUGAAGCAGGAAUAAGACAUGUCUUUCUCGGCGGAUACGCCGCCUGGCUUCUUGGCAGCAAGCGCGUCACUAAGGAUAUCCACGUGAUCACCGAGAGAUCUGCCCGACAUGCUUUGAACGAGAUUCCCGAGUUUACCUGGUGCGAAGACGAGGAGUGCUGGAAGUAUCCUCGUCGAGAUAUCUAG